AUGUCGUCCGCUUCGAAUCCUCAUGCCGAAGGCGAAAAUGAAGAGGAUGACAUCUACUUGGAUGAGGCGGAUGCAGAGGAGAUCUUCCAAGGAGAUGAAGAUCAGCCGAUGGAGUCAGACGAUGAAGAUCAAGCGAUGCAAGAGAUCACACUCCAGAACGAUUCUGUCGCGCAUUUCGAUCACCACUCAGACUCAGUGUUCUGUAUUGCGCAACAUCCCGUGCACCAAUCGAUAGUCAUCACCGGGUCUGGUGACGAUACAGCCUUUAUAUUCGACUCCUCCCAUCCGGAUGAACGGCCCUUGCUUCCCCAAAGCUACGAAUCGAACCCACAACCAAAAGGAGAACGGAAAUCGCUAGAACCUAUUAAAAAGUUGGACGGUCAUUCGGAUUCUGUCAAUGCCGUGGCUUUUACUGAGCCUCGUGGUGAAUAUGCUGUGACCGCCGGGCUUGAUGGGCGUUUGCGCAUAUGGAGAGACGCGACGUCACAAAAGACAGGACUGUUGUGGGACUUUGUUGCUGAGGCACAAGAGGUGGAAGAGAUUAAUUGGCUGGCUGUGUGUCCGGCACAAGAAGGACAAGAAGAGAGUUAUAAUGUUGUCGCAAUUGGCGGUAAUGACGGUAGUGCGUGGGUGUUCAAGAUUGACCACACAGAUUCCGCUCAACCUAUUUCCAUCAUUCAGACAUUCUUCCAACAUACUAUGUCCUGUACUGCCGGGGCCUGGACUCCAGACGGAAAGCUGCUGGCUACUGUGUCAGAGGAUGGUAGUUUCUAUGUCUACGACGUGUUUGGUGCUGCUGCUGCUGCGGGAAUAUCCUACUCUGCAGGUACAAAUGCCGUGGUAGGGUAUACGGCAGAAGAUCAGCGCUUUGCCGUUGAAGGUGGCUUAUAUUCCAUUGCCAUAUCUCCGUCGGGCGCCAUUGCUGCUGUUGGGGGUGCUGAAGGCCAUAUUAAGGUAGUUGGAUUGCCUCGAUUGCAGUCAACUGCUCCUAAAUCCAAGUCAAAAUCGUCCACUCCUGUUGGCUCGCAAGCAUCGGGUGCUGGCGCCCUUCUUGCCUCGUUACAAGCCCAGUCCGACAGUGUUGAAAGCUUGUCGUUCUCAUCUCUGCCCUUGACAAUGCUUGCAUCGGGUUCUGUGGAUGGUUCAAUCUGUCUCUUUGAUGUAGCGCAUCGAUUUGCAGUUCGUCGACAUAUCCGUGAUGCGCAUGAGGGUGCUACUGUUGUCAAGGUUGAAUUCUUACAACAACCCGCACAAGCUGCUACGCCUCUGAUUCGGCCUGGUUUGCCAGGACCCACUGCUAAUGCUGCUGCUGCAACCGCCGCAGGUCAAGGCCGGCCUUGGAUUCUUACUUCCGUUGGCUUGGACGGUGUAAUCCGACGAUGGGAUGCCCGGGGUGGCACUACAGCGGCAGCACAGGGAUUGCUCAAGGAAUGGCGAGGUCAUCUCGGCUUGAUUGAAACUGAAGGCGGGGAGCAAUCUGGUGGCAUUCUUGGCUUUGUGCAGGGCGCUGUAGGAGGAAAGCGGAUUGUUACGGCAGGCGACGACGGCAUUUCUCUUGUCUUUGAGGAAUAA